AUAUUAUUGUGUGUGUGUGUGUGUGUGUGUGUGUGUGUGUGUGUGUGUGUGUGUGUGUGUAGUGCCAGUAAAGACUGAAGUAAUGUGAAUUCGUGAUGUAAAUAAUCUAUUUGGGCCGUUCUUGUCGCGAAGAUAUUAGGGAAUGACAAUGGGAGAGAACAAUCGUUGAGGUUUUGCGUAUCUUCGUAUUUUCACGUGGAAUUGAGGAAGAAAGACGAUUUACUCGAAUCUUUCGUGCAAAAUCGAGGCUCUGACAUCGCACUGAGUAAGUAAUUAAAAUUUGAAAUUGUGUGUGUGUGUGUGUGUGUGUGUGUGACACUAUAUAUAGACUCUUCAAAAAUAUAUCGGUUAAAAUAAAUUCGAAGGCAUAUUUUUUAGCAAUGACAUUAAAAGUCAUAAACAUUUUCAAUCAAAAUAUAAAAGGUAACUCCGAUUAAAAGUACUUCUACCUUUUAUUGGCUGAGUGUACAACUAAAAUAGAACCUUUAACAUCGAUCGCCACCCUUGAAGGGGAAGAUUAUGGUGAACGGUCCCGUCAUGCUAUCUAAUCACGAAAUCGUUACUCUGUCACCUGUUUCCGCGCGGUCGUUACGACGGGAGCUUACAGCUUUCGAUAUUCUUAUUCUAUUUAUCUAAUUAUCUAUUAUUCCGGAAAGUUGAUUUACACUUUCGUCGUAUUAAAGCAUGCAAAUUCACAGAGAGAAGGGUCGCCACUUAAUCAAACAACGAAAUCUGUUACCGAUAUAUAUUAUCAUCAUUACUAUUGCAAUUAUUUGCCAUUACGCGGCGCAGUAUCUCUACCCAGUCCUUGGCCAUAUCAUAAGAAGCACUUUGAUUUUUUAAUAGAAUACGGAUGAGAAAGAGAAGAAAAGCUAUUGAUUUUAUUCUUAGACUUACUCGAUUAGAAUAAUUCUCUAUGUCAAUCAGCGCUUUUACCUCCGCAACCUUCAACCUCGUCAACAAUGUUAAUGCAUUUUUUGAAAUAACAUUUUCCUAUUAAUACUUUGUGUGUAUAUGUAUGUGUAAGAUUUUCCUUCUCCGUAAUGAGGAUUGUUGUUUUUUCCUCGCAGGUUCUUCAACUUGCUGUUUCAACACGGCGGGAGAAACGCGAGAAACGAGAUAAACGGCGCUUUCGUACAGCUGGACGCAAUAGUUUUCUCCGUAUAUAUCCCGACACUGCUUAUUGGAUUCCUCGCGAAACUCUCGUCUCUCUCGCGCGAUAUAUAUAUAUAUAUAUAUAUAUAUACACACAUAUACGAAAGCCACCCCCGUCACGUUCGAUCCGGCCGGCUGCGACCGCCCGUCGAGGAGAGAAAAGCCGCGCGCAACCGCGCAAUUGAUACUCCCGCACGUGUUCUCCCGCUCUCCCGCAGAUUGAUCCCGCGAGUAUGCGGCCGCCGGUCGCUGUUUGUGUUUCUCGCACAUAGUCAGUGCGCCGAGUCAGUGUGAGCGUAACCCGCCUGUCUCUGUGUGAGUCACGAUUUACCUGUCGUGACACCUGCUGCAUCCCUCAAAGCUCCUCCGUUCCUCCCUCGUUCUCUCUACUCUCUCUCGCCGGCCGCUAUCACGGUACGAGGGAGACGAAAGGGGGCGGAAGAAGGACGGGGAGGAGUACGUGCGUACUUGGCGAGGAGGGAUCGCCCCUGGAACAGCCUAAAUAGAUCGCGGGGGAAGGAGAUGGAACGAAGGAAGAGGGAUCGUAAGGAACGAAGGAAGGAAGAAGUGGAGGGGAGACGUAGACGAGGCUGAAAAUUUGCAGAAGCCGGGUGGGAGAUCGUAUCGAAUCCCUCCGAUUAUCCCGGUGCACUGGUGCCACCGGACACAUGAUUCCGCGUUUCGCGAAAUGUGCUUUAUGCCGGCAUCCAGCCGGUGAUUCGUAGUCGAUCUCAUCUCCGCCGGUAUAUCCUUGAAAGUCCCGCCGAAAGUCCGGCAGCUGCGAGACCUCCGCGAGAUCCGGAAGAGAGUGCCUUCACCGUCGAACGAACAGCACUCGGUGAAGAUAUACUCGGGGUUUGUCAAGACUGCAAUAGACGUUAGAAUUCAUCUGAGGAAACAUGUACGGACUAAUCCUGGAGAAUUUGGCCGAAUACAUCAGGCAGGUUUACGGCGAGGACAGGUGGGAGGAGAUCCGUAGGCAGGCGUCGGUGGACCAGCCGAGUUUUAGCGUUCACCAGGUCUAUCCAGAGAAUUUAAUACCACGAUUAGCGAAAAAAGCGAUUCAGGUGCUCGGUGUGACGGAGAAAGAGUUCUUCGAUCAAAUGGGAGUGCACUUUGUAGGAUUCGUCGGCCAAUACGGUUACGAUCGCGUACUCUCGGUACUCGGACGUCACGUGAGGGACUUCCUCAACGGUCUGGACAACCUUCACGAGUACCUGAAAUUCUCUUAUCCGCGAAUGCGAGCGCCUUCGUUCAUCUGCGAGAACGAGACUCGACAGGGUUUAACUCUUCACUACCGGAGCAAACGCCGUGGCUUCGUCUACUACACGAUGGGUCAGAUAAGGGAGGUGGCGCGGCACUUUUAUCACAAGGAGCUGCAGAUUGAGCUGGUGCGCGAGGAGGUGCUGUUCGACACCGUGCACGUAACUUUCCAGCUCACCUUCGACAAUCGGGCCUUCACGCUCGCCUCGCUCGCGAUGACCCGUGAGGAGAAGCACCUGCCGAUCGGCGCGUGCGUCCUCUUCGAGAUAUUUCCUUUCUGCAUCGUUUUCGGUUCGGACAUGGUGGUCAGGAGUAUCGGUAAUUCACUGAUGGUCAUACUGCCGGACCUCGUCGGCAAGAAGAUCACGUACUUCUUCGACUUGGUUCGACCUCUUAUCGCGUUCAAGUUUCAGUCGAUACUGAACCGGACGAACAAUAUCUUCGAGCUGGUCACGGUCGAGCCGGUUCUUACGGAACGAUUGAACGAUCGGCACAGAAACGAGAUCUUCCUGAGCGACGAGCUCGAAACUGUGGAAGACAAAACUCUACGACUGAAAGGUCAAAUGAUAUAUAUGGACAACUGGAAGAUGAUGAUGUAUCUCGGCACACCCGUCAUGCCCGAUCUGAACGCUUUGAUAGCAACAGGCCUUUAUAUAAACGAUCUAUCGAUGCAUGACUUCAGCCGAGACCUUAUGCUCGCUGGGACUCAACAGUCCGUGGAGCUGAAGCUGGCGUUGGAUCAAGAACAGCUUAAGAGCAAGAAAUUGGAGGAAUCGAUGAGGAAGUUGGACGACGAAAUGAAACGUACGGACGAGCUGUUGUACCAAAUGAUUCCCAAGCAGGUCGCGGACCGUUUGAGGAACGGUGAAAGCCCGAUAGACACUUGUGAGAUGUUCGACAGCGUGUCGAUCUUGUUCUCAGACGUGGUGACGUUCACCGAGAUUUGCAGUAGAAUAUCGCCGAUGGAGGUCGUGUCCAUGCUGAACGCCAUGUACUCGUUGUUCGACACUUUGACCGAGAGGAACCGAGUGUACAAGGUCGAGACCAUCGGCGACGCUUACAUGGUAGUUUCCGGGGCGCCGGUGAAAGAGAAUGAUCACGCGGAUCGCGUGUGCGAUAUGGCGCUCGACAUGGUCGAGGCGAUAACCGAUCUGAAGGAUCGCUCGACGGGUAAUCACCUACAGAUACGCGUUGGUAUUCACAGCGGCGCGGUGGUGGCCGGUAUCGUCGGCCUGAAGAUGCCGCGGUACUGCCUCUUCGGCGAUUCCGUCAACACGGCGUCUCGCAUGGAAGCGACCAGCCAGGCCAUGCAAAUACACAUAUCGCAAUCCACCCAGGAACUGUUGUCGCCCACAUACAAGGUGAAGGAGCGCGGGGAAAUCGAGGUCAAGGGGAAAGAUUUCUGCUGGGAUUCUUCAGGCACGAUGAAAACCUACUGGCUGGAGAAGCGAGAGCGCCGUUCCGUCACGACCAAGGGAAUCACUAUACAGGAGCCGCAUCAGUGGCACACCAGGAACUUCGAGAAGAGAGUUUCCUCGGUGAGCGCGAUAGGUCUGAUAAGCCCGGGCGUGUUCGAAAAGCCGAGCUCCGUCGGCGACGUCUUAGCGAGACGCUCGUCCAAAAUAUCGUCCCCGACACCACCGGCAGCGGGAUCUUCGGCAGUUUUCCCCGAGGAAAGAAGGAUAUAUUCUCCCAUCACCUUCCAGGACGUUGCACGACGAUCGGUCGCAAACUCACCGACGAAGAACGUGGAAGCUAGAGAGUGCCGAUCAAAUUCCAUGGGCGCGGUGGGUGUCAGGAGCGCGUCAGAUAUGUUCAGUUCGCUUCUGAGCGAUACGGAGGAGCACUUCCGCCAGCACAGAAACAGUAUAUCCGCGCGCUCGGACAACCAGUCCGCUGCGGUGCACGUGAAACCGGAAGUGAGAAUCAAUGCCACCUCAUCAUCAUCCUCGUCCUCCGCGUCCUCGGAACGUUCCGAGGACGGGACGCAUCCAUCCCUGGACUUGCAGCUGCCGAAAGAGAACGUUGGCGAUAACAGCGAAUGCGCAGCGUUCAGUAGUGAUCUCAGCAACUCCCAGUUACUGAUGCAGCAGGACCAGUGUUGUCCCGGCUUCACUAUGUCGAAGAACAGCAAGAUGCGCUAUCAGGGAAACGGAUGUAUUAUUUCGUAAUGGCGAAA